AUGAACAAGAAGUAUUUCCUCCCAACUCGACAACCCUCUUCUCGCACUCUGGCUACCCGCGCAACCUCCUACACACUCAACACCGGCGCAAAGAUUCCAGCUCUCGGCUUCGGCACAUUCCAGGACCCCGAAUCUCAGGAAGACACUGUCAGCCGGGCUCUGCAAAAGGGCAUGCGCCUAAUUGACACCGCUCGAGUCUACAACGUCGAAGAGCAAGUCGGAAGAGGAAUCAAGAAAAGCGGUAUUGGCCGCGAAGACAUCUUCCUCGGGACAAAACUAUGGUGCAAUGACUACCACCCCGAGGACGUGGAGCGUGCCGUGGAUGACUCCCUGCGGGACCUGGAUACACCCUAUGUUGAUCUUUUGUUGAUGCACUAUCCGUGCACCUUCAAGCGGGGACCCGACCGAUUCCCGCGAGAUGUUGAUGGUCGGAUGAUUCGGGGCGAGACGACUUACGUGGAUACGUGGAAGGCGAUGGAGGAAGUGGCCAAGACGGGCAAGGUCAAGGCUAUUGGGGUUUCGAAUUUCAGUAUGGGUGAAAUUCAGACCUUGAUCAACCAGUCCUCUACAAUGGAAGUCCAUCCAUAUCUACAGCAAAAAGCAUUCAACGAGUGGUUGCGCACCCUAGGUAUUCAUGUUGUGCAAUUCAGCCCUCUGGGAAACAUGAACGAUUUCUACCGACAGACUGGGUGGUCUAAGGAGGUUGCGCAUAUGAUGCGGGUGAUCGACCAGCCGAUCCUGAAAGAGACUGGCCGGAAGUACGGCAAGAGUCCUGUGCAGGUGGUUCUUGCGUGGGGUAUCAAUAACGGCCGGUCUGUCAUUCCCAAGAGUGUUGUCGACUGGCAGAUUGAAGAGAAUUUGGAGGCCGAUUUUGAGCUCAAGCCUGAGGAUAUGGCGCAGAUCGCUACUUUGGAUGCGAAGGCUCGCUUCAAUGACCCCAGCUUGGACUAUGAGUGGCGUUUGUAUAGUGACUUGGAAGGCAUUGAUGGUACUGUGAGAGGAAAAACCCACUAG